AUGCCGCAAAGAGAGACCUGCCCGAAGGGAUACCAGCCUGUGUCCGCGAGCGCGCAGCACGAUGCCUCGGUGCAUCUCCGCAGCAGCUCCGGAAAGAAGACUUUUGACUUCUCCUUCGAGGCGGUUCGGCAGAAUCUAUUUCGAGUGACCUUUACAUCCCCCGAACAUGUCAUUCCGCCCUACCCCAGUGUCACCAAGCCCUCCAUCGACCUCCAAAAUGUCAACGUCCUCGCGAAGAGUGAGGCAACCUCCAAGACCAUCGAUGUCGGCGAUGUCACCGCGAAGCCCUUGCACACUGACCUGCCACUGCGAUCAUACAUCGCGGACGGAUCUGGUGUCGCCCACUACUCCGUUCAUGAUCGGGAUGCCAUUCACGUCGGCUUGGGCGAGAAGAGCGCCCCGAUGGACCUCACUGGCCGCAACUUUCAGCUCUCCGCUACUGACUGCUUCGGAUAUGACGUUUACAACUCCGAUCCCCUCUACAAGCACAUUCCACUCCUGAUCAAAGCCACCCCCGAAGGCUGUGUCGCCCUCUUCUCGACAACCCAUGGCCGCGGUUCCUGGUCGGUUGGUUCGGAGAUUGACGGUCUCUGGGGCCACUUCAAGAUCUACCGUCAGGACUACGGGGGUCUGGAGCAGUACAUGAUUGUCGGCAAGACCCUGAAGGACAUCGUGCGAUCCUACGCCGAACUAGUCGGUAUGCCUUUACUGGUCCCCCGUUGGGCUUACGGAUAUAUCUCGGGUGGAUACAAGUACACCAUGCUGGAUGAACCGGUACCCGCGCACUUGGCUCUCCUCGAGUUCGCCGAGAAGCUGAAAGAGCACGGUAUCCCCUGCUCAGCUCACCAAAUGAGCUCGGGCUACUCAAUUGCGGCGGAAGAGCCCAAAGUCCGGAAUGUCUUUACUUGGAAUUAUAGCCGGUUCCCCAACCCUACAGAAUGGAUUGCCAAGAUGCAUGAGCACGGUAUCCGUCUGAUCACCAACAUCAAGCCCUUCCUGCUGGCUUCGCACCCAGACUUCCAGCGCCUGAUUGAUGCCCGUGGGUUCUUUGAAGACCCCGAUACCGACAAGCCUGGGUACAUGCGCCUGUGGAGUGCUGGCGGUGCCACUGGUGGUGAUGGCUGCCACAUCGAUUUUACUUCGGAGGCGGCCUUCAAGUGGUGGUUUGACGGUGUCAAGAGCCUGAAGAAGGUUGGCAUUGACGGCAUGUGGAACGAUAACAAUGAGUAUACUCUGCCCAGCGACGACUGGACCAUGGCCCUUGAUGAUGCCAUGGUGAACAAGGACGUGAAGAAGACCGUUGAUAGCACUGUAGGCCAAUGGGGCCGGGCUCUCCACACUGAGCUCAUGGGCAAGUCUUCCCACGAUGCCUUGCUGGAGAUGGAGCCCAAGAACCGGCCCUUCGUUCUGACCCGCAGCGCGACUGCCGGUACCAUGCGCUACUCUGCUAGCACCUGGAGUGGCGAUAACGUCACGAGCUGGGAGAACAUGAAGGGUGCCAAUGCCCUGUCUCUGAACGCUGGAAUGUCCCUCCUACAGUGUGAGGGACACGACAUCGGUGGCUUCGAGGGCCCGCAACCCUCGCCCGAGCUCCUGCUGCGAUGGAUUCAGCUGGGCUGCAUGUCCGCCCGUUUCGCCAUCAACUGCUUCAAGACAUCCCCGGACAACAACUCCGUCGGCGACGUCAUCGAGCCCUUCAUGUACCCCGAGAUCACGCCGCUCGUGCGUGACGCGAUCAAGCGCCGCUACGAGAUGAUGCCGUAUAUCUACUCGCUGGCACUGGAAAGCCACCGCAGCGCGUCGCCGCUGCAGCGCUGGGUUGGCUGGGGCUACGAGUCCGACCCGGAGGUAUGGCAAAACAAGACGCUAAAGGAGGGCGAGGAGCAGUUCUGGUUCGGCGACAGCGUGCUCGUCGGUGGCGUGUAUCAGGCCGGCGCGAGCAGCGCACGCAUGUACCUGCCGCGCGCGGGCGGUGCCUUCGACUACGGCUACGUGAACAUGAAUGCGCCGUACACGUAUUACGCUGCUGGGCAGUGGGUCGAGGUGCCGUCCGCCUGGCGUGACAGCAUCCCGCUGCUAGCCAAGGUUGGCGGCGCAAUUCCCGUCGGCAAGGACGUGCACACGCGCGUGCCGGGCGACGAGACCGCUGCGUCGCGUGGCGUCCAGGAGCUGGACGAUUACCGCGGCGUGGAGAUCUUCCCGCCGCAGGGCUCGUCUCACGGAACCGUCUUCGACUAUACCUGGUACGAGGACGACGGCAUCUCGGUGCAGCCGCAGACGGCCACAUACACAGUCAGCUAUAGCUCGACGGCAGAGAAGGUGUUGGUGCACUUUGAGCGCGACCAGACCAGUGGCUUUGUACCGGCAUGGAAGGAGCUGGAUAUUAUCCUGCAUCACGGCGAUGAGCGCCGCGUGGUGACAAGCUCCGGCCAGGACAUCGUGUUCAAGGGUGCCGACUCUCGUGGUCGGGCUGUAUACACCGUCAAGGCGUAA